AUGAUAAAGAAUUUUAUUGAAAAUGCUAAAUUAACAGCACAAAAGGUUAUAGUUAAAGAAUAACAACCUAAACAACAUUAAAUUGAAACCUUUCCUACUUUUGAUUAAUUGGCUUUUAAAAAUUAUAAUAUUCCAAAAGAUAAUUUAUGGUAAUACUCAAUUGAGGAUUUUUCUAAUAUUCUACAUUAAAUGGAAGAUUAUAUAAAUAGACUAUAAAGAGGAUAUGAUGAUGUUUGUUAAUAAUUUUUACCUAUGUUGAACAAAUUUGAGAUGCUUGAAAAAGAAAGAAAAAGAAUGGCAUAAGAAUUAUAAGAAAAAGAAAAUCGUAGUAAAGAAUUAGAAUAAGCCAUGAUUGAAAUGUAAGUGGAUGCUGAUAAUGAAUUAAGAAAGAAAGAAAUUUUAGAAUGCGAAUUAGAAUAAUCAAAAAAAGAAUUGUAAACUAUUUAAGCUUAAGUUAAUUGGAAUAAUAAUUAAAUUGAUGAUAAAGAAUUAUAAGAAAUUAAUGCUGCAUUUAUUGAACUUGAUAAAAGUAAUGAUGAACAAUACAAAUAAAGAAUAGAAGCAUUACAAAAAGAAAUCUAAGAAUAUAUUUAAUUGAAUAAGGAUUAACUUCAUAAAAUUAAUUUGUAAGUUUAAGAAAUUGAUAAAUAGAGUUAAGAAAAUAGAUAAAUAAGUAGAAACUAUAAUAUGGUACUACAAUAGUUAGCAGAUUAAUAAUCUAAAAGUAGAUAGGAGAUUGAAUCUAAAUAAUAAUAAAUCAAUUUAUUAAUAAAAGAAAACAAUAAAUUCAUCAAUUAAUUACAAUAAUUAGAUUAAUAAAAAUCUAUUGAAUUAUAAAUCUAAUUAGAAAAUACAAAAUGGAAAGAAGAAAUUCAAGAUUUAAAAAAAAUUAUUCUUAAAAAAGAAGAUGAUAUCAAAGGACUUAAUAAAUAAAUUUAAAUUGAAAAACAAUAAUAAUAAUAGUUAAAUGAUUUGAUCAAAGUAUUGAAAGGUAAAAGAGAUAUUGCAAUAAGUGAAAUUAGUUAAAUGUAGUCAAAAUAACAAUAGGACAAUUCAUUAUCUAUUACUCAACAAAAACUAAAAUAAAUCAGAUUUUCAACCCAGAAUAAAUUGAUAUAAAUGAGAAAAGAAUUUGAAAACAUGUAUAAAUAAUAUUUAUCAUUAAUUUGUAAACUUGAAGAUAAUAAACUUUCAAAUGACCUAAUGAAAUUAGAAUCAAUAAUUAAUAAAAUAGUAAUAGAUAUGUAAGACUUAGUUGAUGAAGUUGAAGAUUUAAUGAGUUGA